ACAUGUCGUCAAAUGGCCACUGUAUUCUGCGGUUCCAUUGACAGCUUUCAGCUGUGAUUUUCAGUUAACUUAAAUCGUCAAGCGAAAAAAAUUAAAAUAACAUAAACCUAAUCUUUGACUUAUGGAAUGUUACCAAUCAAUUAAUUGGAUAUGGAGUCACAGGUGCAUUUUACCUUUGAGCAUCACCCUGCAGUAUUUGAGUAUCAUAUGAUGAAAAUAUAAAACUGGAAACCAGUUAAAAUCUCAAGGAGUGCAAAAUGGAGAUAGAUGAACUUCAAAUAGAUGCCCCUUGGGGAAUAAUUGCUAGUAGUUAAGACCUGGGGAGAUGCAUCUGACCCCGCGUUACUCUGUUUUCAUGGGGUUAUGGACAAUGCAGGGACAUUCAACAGAUUGAUACCACUAUUAUCCAAGUCCUAUUAUUAUAUUGCUGUAGACUUACCAGGGCAUGGAAAAUCUAGUCACUUUCCUCCCCAUUUGCCAAUCCAUUCUACUGACUACCUUUUGGCAUACCAACUGGUGAUCAAUCACUUCAAUAGAAAGAAGUAUAUUUUAAUGGGACAUAGCUAUGGAGGUCAAUUAGGGCUUCUCUAUGCUCAAAUGUACCCCAAUAGAAUAGAUAAGUUAAUUAUGCUUGAUACUUUGCACCUAUUUCCAGUACCUUCACGCUAUUUCAAAAAUAUUCUGGAAGAAAAGAUACUGUUGCAUCUUGAAAUUGAACAGAAGUCAAAAAUCAAAAGGCCUCCAAUGUACACAUUUGAGGAGGCAAUACAGAAAAUUAGACAAGGUAGGUCUUUUCCAUUACGAUUAGAGGCUGCAGAAGAGUUGCUGAAAAGAGCUUUGAUACCAGCAGGAAAUGGUAAAUACUGGCUUUCAUUUGAUCAAAGAUUAAAAAAUUUCAUUAAUCCAUUACAUGACUUUAGAUAUGCCUUAGAAACGUUAAAGAAAUUCCCUGUACACUGUCCAGUGUUGAUAAUUUUAGGCAAAGAUUCAAAGGGACAGCAAAUAUUUUUGAAACCGUUCUUAGAUUAUUACAAAAAACAGAGCAAUUUUGUUGUAAUAAUUGUGCCUGGAGAUCAUGAUGUUCACAAUAAUGAGCCAGAAGAGGUGGCUUCACAUAUUGCUCAGUUUUUAAUAGGUCAAUCUAGCAGUAAACUUUAAUAUCUAUGUUAUUGUAAAAAGUGUAAAAUAUAAAUUAAUUAUAUAAGAUAUCUGAAACAUUCAAACACAUUAACCACUUCAACCGAAAUUAGCUAAUGUGAUGUACCUAUAUUUUUGUUAAUGUUAAAUUGUACAAGUAAAUGAAAAAUGUAAUAUUAAAAUGUAGUUUUUCUAAAUAAAGUUAACCAAUAGGUAUGGAAAGUUAUAA